UGUUAAUCCAGUCAGCCUGAGCUGGAGCCACCAAUUCACCGGACGACAUCAUGGGCCUGCUGUCCAUCCUGCGGAGAUUGAAGCAGCCUCAAGACCAGGUGGUCCGCUUACUGCUGCUCGGCUUGGACAAUGCCGGCAAGACCACGCUGGUCAAACAGCUGGCCGCCGAGGACAUCAGCCACAUCACGCCUACACAACAGGGCUUCAACAUCAAGAGCGUCCAGUCGUCUGGCUUCAAGUUGAACGUGUGGGACAUCGGGGGGCAGCGGAAGAUUCGACCCUACUGGAAGAAUUACUUUGAGAACACCCAUGUGCUGAUCUAUGUGAUUGACUGCUCGGACAAAAAGCGGUUUGAAGAGACAAGUCUGGAGCUGGCCGAGCUGCUGGAGGAGGACGACCUGGCCGGCGUGCCGCUGCUGGUCUUCGCCAACAAGCAGGACCUGAGCGCCGCCAUGUCGGCCUCGGAGCUGGCCGAGGGUCUCGACCUGCACACGGUCCGAGAUCGCAUGUGGCAAGUCCAGGCCUGCUCGGCCGUCACCGCAGAGGGACUGCAGGAUGGCAUGAGCUGGGUGUGCAGGAAUAUAAGGUUUCUGAAGAAAUGAAGAUCGGAUGGGUCUCGCUAAAUUGAUCUUUACCUGAUCAAACAGAACUGUCACAUUUUGUCAAUCACUAAAGGUGUAAACAUCUUUUGUUAACUUCACAGCCCCUUCAGAAUCCAAAUGAAUGUACUGUAUAUAAUGUAAAUAUGACCAUCAUUUCACUGUAUACUCUAUGCUAAAAAAAAGCAAAAAGAAUUAUGUCACUUGUCAGUUAA